UCUGACUGAAAUGACCACUGUGUGCGCAUAAUUCUAUUUAGAUGAGCCAAAGGAAAGAUGUGGAGCCUUCAUAACCUGCUGUUUACCCUCUGCAUUGUUCUGAGAUGUGUGACCACCGCAGUGGAGGUGAUCCAUGUGACUGGAUAUUUGGGGAGUAUGGUUAAAGUUUUCUGCUCCUAUGAUGAGGGUUAUGAAUCAUAUGAAAAGUACCUGUGCAAGAAUGACUGUGGCAGUUAUGAUGUUCUUAUCACAACAUCAAAUCCAGUGAUAAACAAAUACGGGAUCCAUGAUGACAAAACCACACGAAUCUUCACAACAACCAUCUCUGAUCUUCAUUCUGUGGAUGCUGGGCAAUACUGGUGUGGGGUGACCAGAACUGGAAGCGAUAUCUACACUGAAGUCAAGCUGGAAUUAGUCCGAGACAACUGCUGUGACACUGUGACCAAAAUCCAAAGUUAUGAGGGUUAUGAGUCCAUCAGUUGUCCAUAUGAGUCUCAGUACCAGAACAGCUUGAAGUACAUCUGCAGAGGAAACCGGCCCUCCACAUGUCUGCAGCAGGCACUGAUCACCUCUGACACCAAAUCAAAUGGACGAUUCACACUUGAUGAUGACAAAGUGUCAGGAACAUUCACAGUGAACAUUAACAAUUUGACUCAAAAUGAUUCAGGGUCAUACCUCUGUGGUGUCCACAGAAACUCUAAACUGGACAUUUUCACUUAUGUUGAGCUGGAAGUCCAAGAGUGGUGCUGUCUCAACUCAAUUAAAAUAAAUGGCACAGUAGGACAUCCACUAACUCUGUGGUGUCCUUAUCCUGCACAAAACUGGGAUUACAAGAAGCUUUUCUGUAAGGGAGACCAUCGCAACAAUUGCACAAACGUAACCAGUCAAAGGAGGUUCACAUUGCAAGAUGAUGCUUAUUCCAACUCUUUCUUGGUGAGGAUCACAGAGCUGGAAGCAGCUGAUGCUGGGACAUACUGGUGUGGAUCAGACUCACAGUGGAGAGUUGGAAACUACACUAAGAUUCAACUGUCAGUGGUCUUUCUGCAGCACACCACCACUGAAAAUUUUACCACUAUAUUGGAAAUCGUAGGACCAAAUUCAACAGAUGUCCCCGAUGCCACAGUCUAUGUGGUUUUUGCUGCACGCUCUGUGCUGCUACUGCUACUGCUGUGUGCCCUGGUUAUAGUUCAUAAGUACAAAUAUUACAAAUUGAAAGAAGCUGAAGUCCCCAUAAGCAGACAUCCACCCAAGGCAGCAGAGGAAGAGGAACUGAGUGCAGCAGAUGUACAAAAGCUAAAGUCCAUUGUCUGUCAUAAACCCUAUUACAAAUGCCCUCCACUAUUCUUUGCUUAACAGUGUUUUCUUUCUUCUUUUUUCUUUUCCCUCACUAACCAUCAGAUGACCACUCAUGUCUGAGCUUGCCUCAUCAGUGCUGGAGCCAACCCAGCCAACACUGGGCAAG